GUCUUCUGCAUUUCAGGCAUAUUCUGUACCUUCUGAGCCAUCAGGGAAGCACUUUCUACUCCAUUUUGCUGUGAACCUAAAACUGUUCUGAAAAAAAAAUGUCUACUGAAAAAACAAAAAAGGCCACAGCAGAAAAUGUUCAAGGAGGAGCAGGUGUUUGGUCAGGAGAGUUAAUUGUUGCUGAGCCUGGGACAAGGAUGGAAAUAUGUCCCUCAGUUAGUGAUGUGAUUACACUGGUCUCACUUAGGUGAGAACAGUUUCUGCCAAGAGAUGGGGUGGGAGCUAGACUGGAGAAGACUUAAGAGAAUGGAAGGCAAGAAAAUUAUUAACUGAAUACAGAAAAGCCUUUCAAGAAGUUUCACUGGUGCUCGUGAAAGAAUAUCACAUGAGUAGGGCAAAGGAUAUUCUCUUGCCAAAGAGGACAGAAUGUGAACAUGCUCAAGCCUCUGGAUUAGCUGUUAAAUUCCUAUGACAAAGGCAUCUGCUCGCUUGUCCCAUGAGUGUGCAAUCAGUAAAUUCCAUGCUGCAGGAAAUCUUACAGGUCAAAUGCCACAUGUUCUUUUUUUCUCUUUGGCUGUGCCAGUCUUGGUUGCAGUAUUUGGGAUCUUAGUUGCAGCAUGUGGGAUCUAGUUCCCUGACCAGGGAUUGAACACAGGCUUCCUGCAUUAAGGGAGUCUUAGCCACUGGACCACCAGGGAAGUCCCACCCCAGGUUCUUUAAUAAAUAUCUUUGAGCAAAAGACAGGGCUAGAGGCAGAACCUAAGGAUUUUAACAAGCUUUUAAGAGUUUUAUUUUUUUUAAAUUAGCAAGUCUGAACUAUAAUGUCUAGAGAAGAAUAUUUUUGUGAUAAAAUUGUUAAGAAAUGCAGGAAAGUGAUCACCAUAAAAAGUCAGGAGGAAAAAGAAAGUCAGGAGAGUUGUUACUUUUAAGGGGGGAGGUGGGAGCAGUGAAUGAGUCAGGGCACACGAGAUUUCUGGGUGGUGAUGUUAUCAUAACUCAUUCAGCUCGAGAGGAAGAAGUCUGGCUGUAGAGAAAAGAAUCACAUGGAGAGAGAUACGUGAAAUUGAAGAAGGGGAAUUGCUGAGAUUCUGAUGAACAGACCAAGUGCCCGCAAUGCCCUGGGAAACGUCUUCGUCAGUCAGCUGCUGGAAGCUCUGGCCCAGCUUCGGGAGGACCGUCAAGUGCGUGUCCUGAUCUUCAGGAGUGCAGUGAAGGGUGUGUUCUGCGCAGCAGCGUUCCCUGCACCCACCAUUGCAGCUAUGGAUGGAUUUGCCUUGGGUGGAGGCCUGGAACUUGCCCUGGCCUGUAAUCUCCGAGUGGCAGCUUCCUCGGCUGUCAUGGGACUGAUCGAGACCACCCGAGGGCUCCUCCCAGGAGCAGGGGGGACUCAGAGGCUGCCUCGAUGCCUGGGGGUGGCCCUGGCGAAGGAGCUCAUCUUCACAGGCCGACGACUGAGUGGGGAACAGGCCCAGGCUCUGGGACUGGUGAACCAAGCUGUGGCCCAAAAGGAGGACGGCAACACCGGCCCAGGAGAUCCUGCCCCAGGUGAGUUACUGAGUGCCAUUGAGUGCCAAGUAUGAAGAUUCCCUAUGGGGUGAGUGCAAGAGAUACUGUGGUAGACGGCUGCCCUCUACUGGAGAAACUACCAAGACCAGGGAGUCAAAAUUCUCCAGAAAUUACAUUCACCCCCCAAAAAAAGUGAAGUCGCUCAGUCGGGUCCAAUCCUUUGCGACCCCAUGGACUGUAGCCUACCAGGCUCCUACAUCCAUGGAAUUUUCCAGAUAAGAACACUGUUGUGGGCUGCCAUUUCCUUCUUCAGGGCAUCUUCCGAACUCAGGGAUCAAACCCGGGUUUCCUGCAUUGCAGGCAGACUCUACUGUCUGAGCCACAAAGCCCUACAGCCCAAAACAGCCUGUCAAUAAACACAAGGUCCACAAAUUAACACUCAGAUUUUCCCUUUAAGCAGUAAAUAUACUUUACCGUAGGAAUAUGGAUUUGACUACAUUUUCCAUGGAACAUCAAAGGAAUGGAACAUCCUGUGGCAACUGUGACUCACUAUUCUCAUUUCCAAAUAACAUAAAAUGAUCCAUCAUAUUUCUAAUUGAUCUACUUCACACAGUGCUACCUCGAACACCACAGGUUGGAACUGUGCAGGCUCACUUAUACAUGGAUUUUUUUUUUUGUUCACUAAAUGCAUACUACAGUACUACCUGAUCCAAGGUUGGUUGAAUUUGUGGAUGCAGAACUCUUUACAGGGCGGGUUGGCUGUAAAGUUAUGUACAGAUUUUCUACGGCAUGAAUGAUCAGUUCCCCUAAACUCCAGGCUGUUCAAGGCUCAACUACAAUUAUGCAUACAUGCACAGACACACUCAGAAAGAUAAUAUGUGUGUUUUCAAUACAGAGACAACACGGCUACAUAGUUUUUAAUUUUCUCUGAUGAGAAAUCAGUAGUUAAAUAAUACAUAUUCAUAACAAGCAAAUCAAAGGACAUAGAAUAAAAAUCAAAAGCAGGGUGAUCCUGUUAUCCUGGGGCUGUCCAGGUUCAAAGUGAAAAGUCCCACAUCGUAAAACAACACGUCAGUCACUGGCAAACCAGGACAGUUGGUCACCAAAACAUUCCUCAAUUUCCCAGUCACACUCCCCAAAGAUGACCACUGUUAAUAGUUUUCAUACUCUUCCAGAAAUUUUCAUUGUACAUGCAAAAUGUGCACAUAUACUCACAUAUCUAAAUAAUUCUAAAUUCCUUUAGGACAAUUUAGGGGAGAAGAAACACACCUUUGAAGGCUAGUCCAGUUCUAACUGAUGUUUAAAAACAUAAACUAUGCACACAAAAGAAUUCAAACAGUAUAGAAAAGUAUAAAACAAAGAGUGAAGUUCUCCAUUCUCUCAACCCUUCUCCCCAAAGACACAUCACACCAACACCUUCUACACAAAUGGAAUAAUAUACACAGCACGAUGCAGCUUCCUUUUUUCACCUUCUGGAGAGUUACCCAUUGCAGCAUGUACUUACUAACCUCAUUCAUUUAAACUGCACACUUUUUCAUUAAUGGUAUGGAUGUGCCAUCAUUUAACUAGUACUGGGAGAAAUAUCAAUAACCUCAGAUAUGCAGAUGACACCACCCUUAUGGCAGAAAGUGAAGAGGAACUCAAAAGCCUCUUGAUGAAAGUGAAAGAGGAGAG